UAAUCAGUUAUGCCACCUACGCGAAUGCACACCGCAUGCAUAGAUAACGUAACCUUAUUUCUCGAUCGUGAUAUGUCAAAAAAAUAUCUACAUGACAUAUCGAUAUAAUCGAGUACGCAAUUACGUACAUAUAAAAAUUUACCCAUAAAAAAAGAGUUUUGUCUUCUUGGUUUUUAUAGAACUUUCAAUUCUAUACGACAUACGGAAUCAAAUGAUACGAACGAAGUAUUCGAUUAUUGUUUCGUAUGUAUGAAUGUUGCCACGACUUUCAUUUCUUUAUUCGAACGAUUUUUGUAAACUUUUUUUUCAGUUACGAUAUUUUAAGGAAUUAUUAAAUAUAUGUAAACGAUAUUAUUACAUUUGAGGAUAAAUGGCAAAAUGAUUUUGAUUAUUUUUGAUCCAUCAAUCAUUGGACAUUUAUUCUUAAUGUUUAAAUGCUAUGCAAACAUUUCAUCAAAUAUUUAAAAAUACCUAUGCAAUGCAACAAUAUAAAAAUGUAAUACAAAAACAAGAUUUUAAAAAAAAAGAGAUGAGAGAGAAGAGUUUACUGAAAAUAUAAAGCUACAAAAUAUAAAGAGAAAGUUAGUUGAUUCUCUCACAAUGUGACUUGCUUGGAAGGAACUAAUAUAUGCCAUAACAUGAUACAACCUUUUCUUGAGGAAGGUGCCUGGUGUUACUGGGUUGUGUCUGUUGGAGCGUUAUUGUGUUUCCUUGGUCUCAUUGUUGCUUGUAUUUGUAGCUGUCGUCGCAACGAAAAUAAAAUUAUAGUUCAUAUUGGAAUUAACAAUAUGGUAUAUUGUAUAAUUAUGAGAACAUAUUCGGUUAUAAUUCCUUUAAAUAGGAAUGAAUUUCUUGGCCUUGCUGGAAUGGUAACUCUAAAUGAUUCUCAAGACGGCUUUAACGGGAUUUCGAUGACAAAUACUCUUCACAUAGCAACGCAAGAUAUUGUUGACAAUGGAAAAAGGUCAACUGGUGCCAAUAGAAGUCUUCCAGAUAUUCCAAAAGAUAAAGAAAAAAGACACGAAAAUACAGAUGCAUCUGUAUCUCAAGAUAUCUAUGAAAUCACUGAAACAAUCGGUGAUCAUUCGGAACUCUACGCCACCGUUCAGGACACAGGAAAAGAACAAGUAUCUGAAUUGAAUGUGACAGAAAUUUUACAUCAAAAUCCAUUGAAUCAAAAAAACUCUGAUAAUGAGUAUUUAAGAUUUCCAUCGUCUCCUAAUUCGGAAAAUGUUGAACAUCCAUAUGCUCAACUUCAAAAUGUUCAAAAAACCGAGGCUAAUCAAUUGAAUCGAAAUAACACCAAACAAGUUAUUGAUGUUGAGAAACCAUCAACAUCAACAUGUCAAAUUAAUGGAAACCCAGUUGCUCCCCCAAGAACUCGCCGCUCUUCAUCGCAUAAUUCGCUUAUAUCUACCGAAACUGGCUCGUGUGAUAUUCAAGCAGCUAAUGCCAUAUCUGGUGGAGUACAAGCUAAUCAAGAUUUACCUUAUAUGACACCACCAUUAUUGAUGUUACUUCCUCAACCACCACAAUCUCAGUCAAAUAAUUUACAACAGCAUUUUAGUGGAGAUUCUCAAGAUUCUAAAGGAUACACAAGCAUCAGCGUAAGAGAACCUCUAGCUAAUAUAAUUGCACAAACCAAGACAAUUUGUCGACAAAGUCAAUCUAUUCGAUCGUCUAUGGAUCCCCAUUAUGCAACAGUGUCGGAUGAUUCUGAUGAGAUGUAUGCUGCGAUUGAUGAACAAGAUAAAGUAUAUACUAGUGGUAGCGAAACAUACGCUCAAAUACAACCGACGAUGACAGAGGUCCAACGAAUACAAAAUGAGCAAACGUUAUUCUCUCGAGUUCCGUCUCGUUCUGAUGAGACAUUCCCUGCUCCGCAACCUCCAAGUGUCGACAGUUUACGGCAUGUUGCACAUGCUCAUUCGAGACAAGCUUCAUCCUCAAGUGCCAAUAGUUCUAUUGUAAAUCCUGGAUCACCGAAGCCUGAGAAACGUCAAGCUAAUUCUCCAUUACCACCUCCACCAGAAGGAACGAUAGAAGUGUACGCAUCAAUUGAUAAAAGGACAAAAAAUGAGGAUCGAUUGAAAUCGACUUUGUCUAGUGGGAAAUCUCUAGAGGAUAUGUAUGCUAAAGUAAUGAAAAAAAAGAAAGAUGUUGAAGAACAACAAAAUGACGCACAUUCGAGUUCUCAAGGAAUUCUACAUUCCGAAAUAUUUGUUCGGAAACCAAGCUUUGUUGAAAAUAAUAGGAUUUCAUCGUCUAGUCAUGAUUCCAUGGAAAUACAGAAAAAGGAAUCCGAUUCUGUCGAUAAUGGCAAUCUUCAUCUAGAGGGAGAUAUUUUGAUAAAAUCAUCUUCUUCGUUAUUUAAAAAUAGUGAUGAUGCGGAUUCGUCAAAUUUCCAACUUGGUCAUAAUUAUGAACCUAUGAAUGAUUUGCAAACUAGACAUUCAACAAUUCGUGAAUCGUGUGAUCCGAAUUACGAAAUGUUAUGUCCGCAACAAAGGGUCUCUGUUGACACUAUACCAGAUUAUCAGCAAAAUGAUAGUUCCGUAUCAAUUUCUCUACGAAAUAAUACCGAUCUGCUAACCAAUUCUACUUCUCCUUCUUCUUCUGCUUCUUCUUCUUAUUCCAAACCGUUCAAACAUCGACAAAUUAGUAACGCUAGUAGCGAAGAUCCCGGAUAUGAGAAAGUAAGAUUAAGAAACAGAUGUGAAGUAGAUCCAGACACAGAUUCGGAACCUAAUUAUGAAAGUAUGCCACAUGAUGCAGGAGAACCAAAUUAUGCAUCAGUUUGUCGACCCGGUGAUAGCGAUACGGAUCCCAAUUACGAGUCUGUUAAUCAUGAAGAUCCUAAUUACGAAAGCGUGAAAUAUAUGAGUGUUACUCAUACGGAAGAACCGCCAUAUGAGCAAGUGAACACAUAUAAAGUCGAACAGAAUUCUAGUGGAUAUGAGAAAGUAAAAAAACAUAUAUUGUGUAACACUGAUUACGAACAAAUUCAUCAGAAUCAUUCGACUGAUUCGAUUAAUGGGGAUACCGAUGACGAGCAAUAUGUGCAAGUCUAGUCUCUUAUUCUUCGUUUUAUUUCUUUUUUGUGUUUUCUUUUUUGUGUUCUCUUAUAUGUUCGUAAUAUUCUUUUUUCCUACUUCAUGUUUUAUGUUAAUAUGUUUCCAACAUGUAUCAUACGCAUUUUUUUUUUUGACUUUGGCAAUUUCUUUUCUUUUUGUUAUCUAACAUUCGUAAAAUUAAUUAUUUAAGCCUGAUGUACACAAGUGAAAUAACAUCAUUGCGAUCCCAACUACAAAGAUGCCAAACUAUCGUUACAAAUCCACAACGGUGUCGUGUCACUCGCGUGCCUCUAACCUUAACGUAAUUAUAUUAACUACAUCACAUGGAGGAAAAACACGAGUUCAUCGAACUUCGUUUAUAGUAGUUACUAGAUGUGCAAUAAUGAUACGCAUUAUUUACUUUUAAUUAUAUAUACUUUUAAUAAAAAAAUGAAUAUUUAAAAAAAAAUUUAUAAUAAUUAAGUGAAUAAUGCACUUCAUUUUCGCUUUAGUUCGAAUUGAAAUUGAAACGGAAAAAGAAAAUGAGAGUUCGUUACUUCAUUAUUUUUCAACUUAUAGAAACAACUUAUUUAUUUAUAAGAUUAUUUUCUUCUUCGUUAUCUCCUUUUUCUUUUUCUCAAAUGACAAUUUUAAUAAUUUGUAAAUUAUUGGAAUAUGUAUUUUGUAUAUAAUUUUGUGCAUUGUAGACAUAAGUAUGUUUUCUUUUUUUGAACACAUCCAUUUCGUUUAAAAUAUAUCUCACAUAAAUCAAUAACGACGAUGAUAAUAUAAAUUACAUAUGUGUUAUACACAUGUACGCUUUUGAGCAUAGCACAAUCUUGCUUACGGCGCUAAUUUACAAGAGGUAAACAAUGUCGUAAUUAAACGCAUUCAUAUUAAAUGCAA